ACAUCGACGCCGGUCCUCAUCGCCGGCCGAAACUUCGACUCGUGGUUCUCGUCAGUUUCAUUUCUGCUUCUUCUCCCUCUCGUGGCUAGAUCAUUUAUGUGGUUUGGUUCACUUCAGGUCAUACCAAGCACAGAGAAAAGCAUUUGGGUAGGUUUUGCGAUCUGUAAUUUUCGGAAGGAGAAACGAAAAUGGCGUUUAGAGGGAAGGAGAUGAUGAAGAAGCUAGUGAAGAGAGUGGGAGCGGAGAAUAUCACGCCGGAGCUCAAGGAGAAGCUCAAGGCUUGUGUUCCUGAUACCAAAGUCGUCAUGGGCAGAGCCAAACGCGGUCUCUACGCCGGCCGCCAUAUCCAAUACGGAAACCGCGUCAGUGAAGACGGUGGAAACAAGUCAAGAAGAUGUUGGAAACCAAAUGUCCAGGAGAAGCGAUUGUUCAGCUACAUAUUCGACCGUCACAUUAAAGUCAAAGUCACAACACAUGCUCUCCGCUGCAUCGACAAAGCAGGAGGAAUAGACGAGUACCUGCUUAAAACACCAUACCAAAAGAUGGACACAGAGAUGGGUCUUUACUGGAAAACCAAAGUAGAGCAAAGAUAUGCAGAGCUAGGUCAAAUGGAAGUAGCUUUCUUCACUCCAGAGGAUGAAGCCAAGUUUGAACAAGGAUUCAAAGAUUUGAAUAUAGCUAAGAAAGAUGCUCGUAGGGAAGCUAGAAGAAAUAUGUAUGGAAAGAAAGGCGGAGAAGGGAAAGCUGAUGCAGAAGCUUCUAUUGAAGGUGGAGGGUCAGAGUCACACCAAGAAGAUGAUCAUGGGUGGUUAGAAGCUAAAGCAUAGUGCUGCUCUCUUUUCUUUUUGCUGAGUUUCUUCAACGUUUUUAGAUUUUGGAAGAUGUGAGAGGUAUGUGAUGUUGUAGGUUAUAGGUUCGAUUCCUCCCUACGAAUCCCAUAACUCAGGUUUUGACUUUGAUCAAUGUUGAAAAGUCUUGUAAUAAAUGGUUUACACCUCU